GUGAAAUCCGUGAGCACAAAUCAGCCGACCAGCAUGUCCGCCCAAACGUCCCUCUUCAUCUUCACCCUUCUUGUCGCCUGCGCGCUGGGGAGCUACAAAUGGUCGAAAUAUGAACCUCAAUUAGAAAAAGCCGAAUAUCCCCAAAACAUCACCGCUACGGAGACUUUGAAGGAGUUCAUUCGUCUGGUGGACAAGCACAACUUGAACGUCUCGUUGAUCCUAUCGACAGCCAAGAACUUCGAAAGCGAUAACUUGAAAGAGGCGCUUGCUAUGACAUUCACGUUCCCGGUGAACCAGGAAAGCGUGACGAAGGCGACUUUGGACAAAGAGGCGUUCAAGAAGUUGGCUGAGGUUGCCAAUAAGGAGAAACUGACUGUUGGUGGGGGUCUUUCGACCAACAACGUGCUCAAAGUGAUAUCAAACAACAAAAAGGGUUUGCCUAUCACCAAAGCCUACAAGAUCUUCACCGGUAUCAAAAACGGCAAAACUGGAUUUGUCUUCGACGAGGAGAACUACGUUGCUCAGUACACGUUCGUGACACCUGGGGCCGACGGCAAGAACCAAACCACCAAGGUCUUCUAUGGAGACGUCGAUGUGGAGGUGGUUGAUAAGUCCGAAAGUGCCAAAGAUGAUGUGGUCACCACUAUCAAGAAAGCCCUGAUUACGGCCCUUUUCACUUACGACGAAGAUUUGAUUCCAAAGGCGGUGACCACCCUUUUGGGUAAACAAUUGCCGGAGCAUAACUGGGACGCUGCUUCUCAAGUGGGUGACAAUAACUACAUAGAGUCUGAUUUGUGGGUCGAAUUCACAUUUUUGGGGGACAAAUACCUUGUCUACGCCAGUUAAAUGUUUCGUUGUCAAUAAAUUUGUGAUAAAUGUGU